UCGUGCAUCAGGAACCGGCUUCCAGGCAUAAGGCGACACUAACAUCAGAAACGCGGUAGUAAAUAUGGCGUCCCGGCCUCUACUGCAGACGUCGCGACAUUUAGCACGAUAUUAUAAACUUACUUCACAACUAAUAUUGACAAGAUCACAGAGUAAUUGUGCUGGGAAAUGGCAAAUUAUGGGAGCAGCAUGUAUAAUACGACCACCAGUUAUCUGUCCCCCAAUGAAACCAAUAGAGCAGCAGUAUUCUGAGAUGCUUGCAACUGUUGAGAAAGAACGGUCCCUCAAAAGCGAUCAUGAACUUCGAAGAGAAAAGGACUUAUUACAUACAGAAUUAAUGAAAACUGAUGAUGAAGAUUUAAAUCUUGAAGAAGCAUCUAAACAAACGGCUUUGGAAUUUGAGGAUGCCUGUGAUGAUGAGCUAAAGGCUUUUAAUGCUAGCAUGUCUGUCCCAGGUGUUGAUGUAAAAGACCUUGGCAGCCUUAAUCAUUCACUGGAAAGGUCAGUUAUACUUGUGGUAAAGCAAAAGUUAGGAACCAGCCAGGAAUGGGUUCUACCCCAGACACCUUGGUUACCAGGAGAGACAUUGAGACAGACAUGUGAGCGUCUUACUCAAGAAGCAUGUGGAGAUAAUCUUAAAGUGAAGUUUCUUAGUAAUGCUCCCUGUGGGUUCUACAAGUACAAAUACCCAAAAAAUGCCCGAACAGAGGGAUUUAUUGGUGCUAAGGUUUUUUUCUACAAGGGUCAAGUGAGAGAGAACAAUGGGUCAGUAUAUCCAGGAGAAAACAUUGUUGAAUACCAGUGGUUGACACAUGAUAAAUUAGAUGAAAAGUUCAAGCAAUCAUACGCAAAAUCUGUUUCCAUGUUUCUAGUAUCUGAUCAGUAAGUGUUCAUUUAGUAAACAAAAGUGGUGGUACCAUUACCAAGAGGAUGAUCACUUCUUUUGAUUGUGUACGAUAGCAUGAUUUCAUGGUGUGGUAUAAGUUUUUGCUACUUGUAAAUAUGUGAAUGAUUUUUUUAAAUAAAUAUCUAUCAUGA